AGAGCACUACCUGCACAGGUUUGGUUGACACACGAGCAGUGAGCUGCAACUGACACUGAGAGCAUAACAGAGCUGCCUCCACAAACUUCACCAUGAGGUUCAACACACUGUUCUUCCUGCUGAUCCUUUCCUGUCUCUGCUUCACUUUCGCACAAGUGUCCUAUGAGGACUGUUGCCUGAGGUAUGUGAAGAGUCUUACCAAAAGUGUUCAGAAGCACGCAGUGAAAUACAGAUACCAGAAGACAGAUGGUGGCUGCAACAUUCCUGCUGUAAUCUUUACCAUGAGGAAGGGACGCAAGUUUUGCUCAGACCCCAAUGAGAAGUGGGUCAAGGAACUUGUGGAGAAGAUUGAUGAGAAGAAUGGCAAUAUUAGUCCCAAAAAGCAUUCAAGACAUCCAAAAAGAGGCUGAAGAGGACGACUCCCCACAGCGACACCACCUUCAUCUUCUCGCUGUUUGCAGUUUUAUUACCAAGCAAAGAGCGGCCGUUAUGGGGAUUUUAUGGAGUCUGACUGGAAGAAAAGUCAGGAGGCUGGCCAAGAAAAUGUUGCAGCUCUGCUUUUGCUUUUGCUCAGCAUUAACAUUACAGGUCAAAAACUACUCUAAAGUUGCAGCAGCACUUUGCUAACGGUUAGAGUCUUGCAGCUGCUGGAUCACCAUAGAAUAUAUUCACAAGACACACAUUUCAAUGCAUGGCUCCUUCAGAGGAUAUUUUUGCAACUGUUUUUAUGCUAUUAAAACAGAAAUAAGUUGACUGAUUAUAGAAAUGAUAAUGGAGAGUAAAUUAUAUGUGUUGAUACAAAAUAUAAUACAUCUGCAAUGUGUACACAUUUGUGUUAAGUAAUUAUAUGAGUGGAACUGUAUGGUAUAAAUUGCUUCUUAAAGUUUAUGCCAUAGAAAAUGAUAAGCUUUCGUCAUACAUUUUAUUAGAUUUGUUUUUAAGUGUCUUUCUUUUCAUACGUUUGUGUACAGGUUUUAUUACAAAUUACAUGUUCCAAUUAAAAUCUUGCUGAAAAAAAUUUGGUUAUUGCAUCUCACAUUGGGGGGGUUUGCAUGUCAAAGAUGAUUAAAGAUGUUCGUAUUAUUCAA